CUUUAGCUUUGAGAGGAGCAGGAAGAUGGCCACCAAAACACCAUCCAUGAUGGAGCGCAACAUAAACACCAUCAUUGAAGUCUUCCACCAGCACGCUAGGACGGAAGGAAACACAGACACCCUGAGCCAGAAGGAAUUCAAAAAUAUGGUGAAAAGCGAUUUGGCAAACUUUAUGAAGAAGGAGAAAAAGAAGGAAAAACUCAUAAAUGACAUCAUGGAGGACCUGGACACAAAUGAUGACAAGCAGCUGGCCUUUGAGGAGUUUGUGAUGCUGGUAGCAAAGUUGGUCUUUGCCACCCAUGAGAAGAUGCAUGCGAGUGAGCAAAACCUACGUGGGAAGGAACACAGCCACGGUUCAGGCUUUGGGAAGUAAUUAGGAGACCAGCCACCUUGCACCUGCCCAACCAAGACAAAAGGGAAUGUCUUAUCAAAUGGCCUUAGUUAUGGAGCUG